UUUAAAGUUUUGAGAGAGAAAGAGUGAAGCAGAGGAAGAAGCUACGACCGAUUGCCUAAUCACAACUCCGGUGUUGCUGUAGAGUGAGAUCAAAGCUACCGAUUAAUCAAUCUUCUCUGUAUGCGUGCGUUGUGGAACUGAUUGAUCACUCGCCGCGAUUCAAUUUGCUCCGUCGCUCUCCGAUAAUUAAUACUCUACGAAUCUCAGUUGAUUUGAUUGUGGAUGUUUUGGUUCGUGUUGAAUUGAGAAUCGAGGUUUUUUGGCUAUAACUUGUAUUUGAAGGGAUUGAGAAUGGCUGCGGUUGAAGGCUAUUCGUUCUCCGUUGCGUCAGUUGUGGAGGAUGUUCUGCAGCAACACGAGAAUCGAUCUCGUGAUCUCGAUUUUGAUGCUCGUAGGGCAGAAGAAGCCGCAAUAAGAAGAUAUGAAGCUGCUGCGUGGCUAAGAAAAGUGGUUGGAGUAGUUGGUGCAAGGGAUUUACCUGCAGAGCCUUCCGAGGAAGAGUUUAGACUCGGAUUAAGAAGUGGGAUAAUUCUCUGCAAUGUACUCAAUAAAAUUCAACAAGGAGCUGUGCUAAAGGUAGUCGAAAGUCCAUGUGACGCUGCACUUAUACCCGAUGGCGCUGCAUUGUCAGCUUAUCAGUACUUUGAGAAUGUGAGGAAUUUUCUUGUUGCCGUGCAAGAAAGGGGGAUACCGACUUUCGAGGCAUCUGAUCUGGAGCAGGGAGGAAAAUCUUCGAGAAUUGUGAAUUGUGUUUUGGCACUGAAGUCCUACUACGAAUGGAAACAGUCUGGAGGAAAUGGGAUUUGGAAAUUUGGUGGAAAUGUUAAGCCGACUACAUCUGGUAAACAGUUUGUUCGCAAAAAUUCUGAGCCGUUCAUGAGUUCUCUGUCACGGAGCUCAUCUGCAAGUGAGAAAUCACUAAAUGGUGUCUGUAUAGACAACAAAGAUACUAACAAAGCGCAGCCUAGUUCCGGUUCAUCGUUGAGUAAGCUUGUUCGUGCAAUUCUUUUAGAUAAGAAGCCUGAAGAAGUCCCAAGUCUUGUCGAAUCUGUAUUGAGUAAGGUCAUGGAGGAGUUUGAACACCAUGUUUCAGGCCAAAAUGGACUGAAGAAGGAUAAUUUCAGAGACUCAAAUAUUUAUGAUAGUAACAAAUCCGUGACAAAGCCGCCUCCAUCCAAUGUUCAGAAGAAUGCUGCAAUCUCAAAUGAAGAUUUGGAGAAAAAUAGAAAUUGUGACAAUGAAUCCCAUGGAAGUUUAAUGAAGCAGAUAAUGAUUGUUAACCAACAGCAUAAAGAUAUGAAGGAGCUAAAGCAAACUCUUUCUACUACAAAAGCUGGUGUGCAAUACAUGCAAAUGAAAUUCAACGAGGAUGUUCAAAAUCUUGGCCUCCAUAUUAACGGACUAGCAUAUGCUGCUUCGGGUUAUCAUAGAGUUCUGGAGGAAAAUAGGAAGCUUUAUAAUCAAGUCCAAGACCUAAAGGGAAGCAUAAGGGUCUAUUGUCGUGUCCGACCAUUCUUGCCGGGACAGAACACUAACAUGAGUACUGUUGAUCAUAUUGAGGAAGGAGUUAUAACGAUAAACACUUUAGCAAAGAAUGGGAAAGUACGGAAAUCCUUUAACUUUAACAAAGUGUUUGGGCCAUCUGCAACGCAAGAGGAGGUGUUUUCAGACACACAACCACUAGUAAGAUCAGUUCUUGAUGGUUACAAUGUUUGCAUUUUCGCCUACGGUCAAACGGGAUCAGGGAAAACGUUCACUAUGAGUGGACCCAAGGAUCUCACAGAGACGAGCCAAGGGGUGAAUUACAGGGCUUUGAGUGAUUUAUUCAUGCUUGCUGAGCAAAGAAAGGAUACUUUCUUCUACGACGUAUCUGUUCAGAUGAUUGAGAUUUAUAAUGAACAAGUUCGGGAUCUUCUUGUUACUGAUGGAUUAAACAAAAGAUUAGAAAUACGAAACAGUUCUCAGACAGGACUCAGUGUGCCCGAUGCCAGUCUGGUCCGCGUUGCUUCAACAUAUGAUGUUCUUGAAUUGAUGGACCUCGGCCACAGGAACCGGGCGGUUAGUGCAACAGCACUUAACGACCGCAGUAGUCGCUCUCACAGCUGUUUAACAGUUCAUGUCCAAGGGAGAGAUUUGACAACGGGAACCAUUAUCCGAGGUUGCAUGCAUCUAGUUGAUUUGGCCGGAAGUGAGAGAGUCGACAAAUCUGAAGUGACGGGCGACAGACUUAAAGAGGCUCAACACAUUAAUCGAUCUCUCUCUGCAUUGGGUGAUGUUAUAUCAUCUCUCGCACAGAAGAACUCACAUGUUCCCUACAGAAAUAGUAAACUAACACAGCUGCUGCAAGAUUCACUUGGAGGGCAGGCGAAGACAUUGAUGUUCGUCCACAUAAGUCCUGAGCCAGACGCCGUUGGAGAGACCAUCAGCACACUUAAAUUUGCUGAGCGUGUAGCCACUGUUGAGCUUGGUGCUGCACGUGUGAAUAAGGAUUCAUCAGAGGUUAAAGAACUCAGAGAACAGGUUGCCAGUCUCAAAGCAGCCUUAGCAAGAAAGGACGGAGAGCCAGUCGUCUCCAUGCAGCAGAAAGCAUCUGGCACCGGUAGUCCAUGUAACUUCCAGUUCUCGCCUUGUAACCCGACUAUGAAUGCUAGAAACAUGGAGUUGGCAUCCCCCAUUGGCACGAGGAAGCCAAUGGAAGAAGUAGGCAACAUAGAGGCUCGUAGCAACAAGAAAACGAGGCAAAAGAAGCAAAGUUUGGACCUAGACGACCUGCUGGGUAAUUCCCCGACCUGGCCACCUUUCAACAACCAGAACCAAAACAGUGGUGACGAUGAUAGGGAACCGGGCUCUGGUGAGUGGGUAGACAAGCUCAUGGUGAACAAGCAAGACCCCGUUGGAGUUGAAAAUCCAAUCACGUGUUGGAAUCCCACCAAUGCGAAUGUCUACUCCGAGAAUAAUCCAUGCACCAUACUUCCUGCAAGCAAUCAGAUUGAUCUUAGCCCAACAGAUUACCUGGAUGAGCUUGAUGCUGGAACCAGUGAUUCAUCCGAGCCAGAUUUGCUCUGGCAGUUCAACCAUUCCAAAAUCGGAAGCUUCAGCAAUGGGAUCGGACAGAACGUAAAAAAACCUCAUGCGAAGCAAACAAAAAGUCCAGAACUCAGAAGCAUGAUCCCGAAGUUAGGCGGCCCGUCACCAUCUCGAAAAGCAGUUGCUUCAGCUUCUCCUCCACAGAGGAAUGACGGUAGGCAGCCUACUGCAAUGAAAAGAAAAACAGGGCUGAGGAAGUAAAACAGCAGUCCUUUUGUAAGGGUGAAUGUAGAGGUUUUUUCAUUUUUAUUUUUCAUUUUUUGAGUCAUUUAACUCAUAUCAUAGGCGCCAAAGCAAUUAUUCCAGUUGCAAUAUAAUGUGUAUUAUGUGAUCAAUAUAAUUUUUAUUUUAUUUUCUUUAUUUGUUGUAAAGAUUAAAUACUGAGGGUUUCAUUUGUUAAUGUAUUUUUUUGGUUUUUUCUUUA